ACUAGCGAACUUAUAUGUUAUAUACAUAUAUAUGUGUCAAUUCCGCUCUAUAUAUAUAUGUACAUAUAUAUAUAUACUACUAUUCUGCUUCUGCUGCUGCAAAGUUAACCUUAUGACCUUAUCUGACACUUGGUCAUAGUAAAAAAAUUGUAAAAUUUUUCUUUUUGUUUGAAAAAAACAAAUACUCUCAAUGGCAGUUGCCUAUAUAUUGAAAAAAGGUAUAUCCAGAAAACUUCUGUGCAAUAGCAUAGCUCUGUAAAAAGUUAAAAAUUUGAACUUUCAAGGAAAUUCACGUUUGUUCUGUUAUCUGCAAUUUUGUACAUAUACACAUUAAUUUGAUAAUAUAAGUAUUUUGUUACAGUGAUAAGCAAAUUUGGAAUAAAGCUUUUCUUUGACAAAGAAGUGUAAAAAGAGUUUGUGAUUUAUGAUAAAACUUGUAUGUACAUGUUGAAGCAACAAGAUUACCUUAGACGAAAACCAUGAGUGACGGAAUAAGGUAUAGACAUCAUUUGGCUCAAAAACAACCAGAAGAACUUUUUUUCAAAUCUAGAGUUAUAUUAAAGCCAAGAAUUGACCAACAAAGUGGAACACAACAUUUACUCUUUGCUCUUACAUUUAUUUUAUCAGUAUCUUUGACAGUCAUUGUUUUGGAAAAGAUAUUACCUGAACCUCAAUUAAUUAAUUCAGAAAAAUUUCAUCCUGAAAGAUUUGUAGCUGAAAGAGCUAGGAAUCAUGUUUAUAAUCUAACAUCUCUUGGUCCUAGAGUAGCUGGAAGUUAUGAAAAUGAAAUUUUAGCUGUUCAAUUUUUGACUAAUACUAUAAAUAGUAUUAGAAAAAAUGCAAAUCGUCAUCACAAGAUUCUUGUUGAUACUACAAGACAUAGUGGUAGUUUUUCUUUAACGUUUCUCGACGGUAUGACUCAUAUUUAUAAAAAUGUUCAAAAUGUAAUUGUAAAAAUUGGGCCUCACCAGUUAUCAAAAUAUAGCCUUUUACUAAAUUGUCAUUUUGACAGUUUUGUUGAAAGCCCAGGAGGUUCUGAUGAUGCAGCUGGUUGUGCAGUUAUGUUAGAAAUUUUUAGAGUAAUUUCACAAAGCUCAAAAUAUUUAAGAUAUAAUAUAAUAUUUUUAUUCAAUGGAGCUGAAGAAAACGUCUUACAAGCUUCUCAUGGGUUCAUAACUCAGCAUCCUUGGGCUAAAGAAGUAAGAGCUUUCAUAAAUUUAGAAGCAUGUGGAGCUGGUGGAAGAGAAUUAUUAUUUCAAGCUGGGCCUGGUAAUCCUUGGAUUUUAGAAGCAUACUCAAGCUCUGUACCAUAUCCAUAUGCAUCAUCAUUAGCUCAAGAAAUUUUCCAGAGUGGUAUAGUACCAGGAGAAACUGAUUUUCGCAUCUUCAGAGAUUUUGGCAAUGUAUCUGGUUUAGAUUUUGCUUGGUCAACAAAUGGUUAUGUUUAUCAUACCAAAUUUGAUACUAUUGACCAAAUACCUUUGGGCUCAUUACAGAGAACAGGUGACAAUAUUUUAGCCCUAUCUCUGAGUAUAGUGACUGGACAUUAUUUGUCAGAUGCUAGCCUACAAACUCCAGAGGGUUCACUUGUUUUUUUUGACUUUUUGGGAGCUUUUGUUAUAAGAUGGCCUGAAUAUAUGGCAAGAAUUGUAAAUAUUGUUGGGAUGAUAAUUGGGUUAUAUUCUGUUAAUGUAAACAUGAACAGUGUUCGAAAAGACAUUAAAAGAUCUGCAUACAUAAAGCAACUAAUAAUAUGUAUUGCAAUUGUAAUAUGUUCUUGGAUUAUUUCAAUGAUUUCAGUUACCAUAAUUGCUCUCUUACUAACAAAACUUGGUAAAGUAAUGAGUUGGUAUGCUCGACCAGCAUGGCUUUUUUUUCUUUAUGUUUGUCCAACUGUUGCUGUUUCUAUGACUUUCUUUCUUUUCAUGGCUGCUCGACAGAAAAAGGAUGUUUAUUCAUCUUGGACUCUGUAUCAGUUAUACUUCGAUGCAUACAACGUAUUUUGGAUGACAGUUUUACUUUUUUGCAUUUUACUGGAUAUACGGUCGGGUUUUAUACCAUUACAUUGGGUUUUAUUUCUAUCGCUCGGAAAUAUUUUGCGUCAAACUUUUUUCAAUAAAUGGAGAGAUUGGAAAUGGCUCUGUUUUCAUAUGGGCACCUUAAGUUUACCUUAUAUACAAUCGUUUUAUUUAUCAAUCGGUGCUCUCUACUUAUUUAUCCCGUUAAUGGGCCGAGCUGGUGGAAGCAUUAAUUCUGAAGUUGUUAUGGCUAAUAUGUUAUCCGUUCUGUUUUGUCUACUAUUAAGUUUCACGAUGCCCAUUGUCAUCCUAGUCAAAAAUGCAAGCAGAGUGAUUAGCGUAUUAGUUGGAGUAUUUUUAAUUGCCACAGGUAUAUUGAUAUUAACUCCUCUUGGAUUUCCCUAUAGUGGAGAUCCAAUGUCUCCAGCUCCAGAAAGAUUUAUGAUUGUGCAUACACACAGGCAAUAUUAUAAUUUUGAUGGUACAGUACGAUAUUCAGGUACUGGGUACUGGAUAGUUAAUUUAGAUAUGAAUAGUCCUCAUAGUAUCGAAGCAAUGGUUCCCGAAGUCGGUGCUGCAAUAUCAACAGUUGAGGACUGCAAUAACGAAUUAUUCUGCGGCUUUCCAUAUUUAGUGCCAGUAACAACAUUUUUGUGGAAAACCAGUUGGAUUCCAGGACCACCUCCACUAAUUCCUACACCAACCACUUUAGAUUUAAUAACAAAAUCCGUAAAAGAAAAUUCAUUAACUUUCUCAUUUAAUAUAACAGGACCAGACCAUAUUGGCGUUAUGUUAUCUCCUCAUAAAAAUUUACAUUUAAGAAAAUGGAACAUACUCGAUGAAAAACCACUACAAGGACCUACAUGGAAUGAAAGAGAAACCUACUUUGUAUAUUACUCAUGUGUCAAAGAUUGUGAACCUAUGAACUUGUCUGUAGAUUUGGAAAUUCCAAAGAAUCACAAAGGUCCGAGUUUAUCAAUUGCUUUAGCUGGUCAUUUCUUGCAUGGUGAAAAUCAACGAUCGCUCAGAUUCAAAAGUUUUCUUUCGCAAUUUCCAACAUGGUCAGUUGUUACUCCGUGGACUGCAUCGUAUACAUCGUGGGAAUUUUGAAUCAAGUUGUGAUUUUGUAAACUCUGCUAAAGAACGCAAAUAAUUAUCCACUACUAUUGAAUACGGUAAAUAAUAGUAGUUCAACUACUGUUUAGAACUAAAUAGUCUAUCAAAAAUUGACGUUCCCUUUAUAGUUCAUUUUUUUAAUUCAAAUAUUGCGGAAGUCAUACAUAUUGUAAAAGACUACUUUUUUCCAUAACCAUAUAAUUUUUAUAUCUUUGUUUAUCCUUCGACCGUGGUAAUUUGAAUUUCUAUCUUGUCAAAGUUCAAUGAAAUAGUACAUUAAGAUACACGCGCGGAAUAGUAGAUUCUCGUGUCUCGUGUGGUGUUUACGGUGUUUACGCCCGAGCGAAGCGAGGAUGGAAAGGCACACGACAAGAGAAACUCUUUCCCGAACAUGUGGAAAGCACGUUUUUAGUCAAGCGUGCGAAAAGUACGUGCUUUCCGCAUGGAGUGUCGAAAAUAAAUUUAAAUAAUAUUGACGGUAGUGGACUAGGUAGCGGGCUUAAUUAUUUAGUGCUAAAUUAAUCAAUUCUUUAAAUUAAUACAAAUUUAUAGAAUAAUAGUCUAUUUAUGUUUGAAAAUUAUAUUUGAAAAAUAGAUACAUAUUACUUCAACAUACGUAGAUGAUCUUUCUUUAAAGAUCUUAUGUAACAAAUAAAAUUUAAAAAUAAUUAUAUUCUUACUAUUUAAGCGCACAAUAAUAUAUUCAAAAAAUUUUUAUUAUUAAUUAAAUUUUAUAAAAAAUGUUAUGAUUACGUCUAGAUUCAGAAAUUUUUUUUCUGUUGAUAUGAGUAUAUGAUAAACAUUAUGCUUAAAGUAAUUCACUUUAAAUUGCUUAUUUAAAUAUUGUUUAUUUUAUAGACAAAA